AUGGCAUCAAGCACCCAAACAGCCUCUACGUCCAUUCCUAUAGCUUCUUCAUGGGAACAUGAUGUGUUUUUGAGUUUUAGGGGGAAAGAAACCCGCAAAGGUUUUACAGGCCAUCUACAUAGAGCAUUGAAGGGGAAAAAAUCAAUCAAAGUUUUCAAGGAUGACCUUCAGCUUAAGAGAGGCACAACUAUCCCUUUAGAGCUCUUGACUGCAAUUGAAGAAUCAAGGUUCGCCCUUAUUGUCUUCUCACCAGAUUACGCCAGUUCGAAAUGGUGCUUAGAUGAGCUUGUAAAGAUUUAUGAAUGCAUGCAAGUAAGGGAGACAAUCAUCCCGAUCUUUUAUAAUGUGGAACCAUCCCACGUAAGACAUCAGAGUGGAACUUUUGAAGAAGCCUUCAAGAAGCAUGAAAAUGGCAGUGAACACAACACAGAAACGGUGCAACGGUGGAGAACAGCUUUGACAAAAGUGGCUGACAUGUCUGGGUGGAAUUUGGCAGAAUAUGGGGAAGAGACCAAGUUUAUCGACGACAUUGUGGACGAUCUGUAUAACAAACUGGUAUGCGCUGGCUGCAACAAGAGGGUUGUUGAUGGCGGUCUUAAAUGCUUGCGUGCUGUUUGGCAUCAAGCAUGUCUUCUCUGCAAAGGUUGCAAACGUCCAUGUACCAAUGGAGACUAUGAGGAAUAUGGGGAUCAUUCUUACCAUAAACGCUGCUAUGAGCAACUAUGUAUGGUAUGCAUCGUUUGCAAGAAACCUAUCAAAGAUAAUUCAGAAAGUCAAGGUGAGUAUAAGGAACAUCCAUUCUGGCGACAAAGAUAUUGCCCCUCCCAUGCAAAGGAUGGUACUCCUAGGUGUUGUAGCUGUGAAAGAUUGAAGCCAAGGGACACAACAUAUUAUAAGCUCGAUGACGGUCGGAAACUAUGUACGGAUUGUAAAGAAUCCAUUAUCAAUACUGCUAAAGGAGGCCGAUCCAUUUUCCUUGAAGUACGAAAAUUUUAUAAGAAAUUAAACGUGAUAGUAGAGAAGAUUCCGGUGCGGUUGGUCAGCAGACAAGUGAUAAUCGAUGUCAUGAAGGAGGGAAAUGAAGGUUCUGAUCGUCAAUUGCCGGUAAUAAGAGCAGUCUGCUUGUUUGAAAGGAAUACUACCAGUGCCAUUAUGGGGAGGCCGAGCCAGGUUUGGUGUGAAGUUAAAGAAAUUUUAAUCUGGUACGGCCUUCCUAGAAUAUUGACAGGGUCACUUCUAGCUCAACAGAUGAUCGGUGCGUGGUUAAAGGCUUAAUGGCUGUCCGAAUAUGAGCCCUGAAGUUGAAAAAAGUAUCGGCCGAUAUUUUGCCAAUAGGUGGUUGGAGUACUCUUCCGGUUCAUCUAACAAAUGUUCUGAGUUUGAGAGGAAGCUUUGUCAAUUUAGGAAACACAAAAUUGAGUCAGGCCGUGAAGCAUUAUUACAGACAGCUAUGAACGCGGUGCGCAGGCAUGGUCUCGAGAUGACACUUCAAACAAUUCAAAGGACAGGAAAUUUUCCAUCUGUGACGCAUUGAAGUAUGGUUGAAGUAUAUAGACAAAAUAUAUAGGGGUUUUGAAGGGAUAAAUGGUCAUUACAUGGUCAUUUAGUUGCUUCUUCAAUUAAUGAUAACCACAUAUUUUGUGAGACAUGUUAUACCAUAUGAUAUAUUAGAAUU